GCAUUGCUCCUCUUCCCGGACGCGACGCAGACCCUGCCGCACUUGGCUCCCGGGGGACGCCUCGUGGCUGCCACGAGGCCCUGGCGUUUCCGUGACUGGCCGAUGCCGGAGAAGUGGCGAGAAAGCAGGCAAGAGCGUGCGCUGGCAGAGGAGCUCACUUCGGCUGGCCUGAGUGUGGGAUCGUACACCUGCUCAUAUCCGUGCGAGGUAUCUCUCACAAGGUGGCUCGAUUUCCUGGGCACCCUUCGGCCAGAGGCCAAGGAGGAGAUCCACCAUUUCGCUGCGGGCUUGAGGACCACCGGAGGAGAGGUGUAUCUCCAGUUCCGAGAUCGCGUGGUCUUCGUAGUUGGAGAG